GUGCAUGAGCAAAGGAUGAUGCGCCCGUCAUCAGUUUGACAUUUGCGGACAGUAAUUCUACGCGUGAUUUCAACCCCUUUAUCAAACGACGCGUCUCUCCGGCUGCGCACGCGCAAAUUGAACUCAGCACUACCAACACUGACCUCACCGAUGCGGUAGUGGGAUUUGAACUGAAAACGCACGUCAGCUUCUCGCCUGACGCGUCGUUCCUGUGACCGUCAACAAACUCGCGAUGGCAAUCGACAAGAACAUUUUCUCUGCGACCUACAGCAAUGUUCCCGUCUAUGAGCUCAAGAUCGGCAAUGACCAUGUCAUGCGACGACGGUCGGACGAAUGGGUCAAUGCUACUCACAUCCUGAAGAUUGCCGGCUUUGACAAACCAGCAAGAACCAGAAUCUUGGAAAGAGAAGUGCAGAAGGGCGUACACGAGAAGAUCCAGGGUGGCUAUGGCAAAUAUCAGGGCACAUGGAUCCCUUUGACAGAAGGUCGUUCGCUUGCCGAGAAGCAUGGCAUAUUCGAUCGCAUCUCUGCCAUCUUCGAUUUCGUCCCCGGCGACAAAAGCCCACCUCCGGCGCCGAAGCAUACUACUGCUGCGUCGAACCGUCCAAAGCAAACCAAGCAGUCUGCUCCCAAGAAGGUGGCUGCGCAACCUGUUCAAUACUACCAACCGAUCGACACGUUCGACGGCGCAAACGGACAAAAUAACGCAACAGAGAGUCGUGAGCGCUCGCCCGAGACUGCAUCAUUCAUGGCAGACGAAGAAUUUCUCCCUCUAUCACAGAAUUCUGCUGCUUCAAGAAAGCGGAAACGAGAUCUGGAAGAAACGAUCGUCACUGCUUCGGAUCUCGACCACACCGUGUAUGGCGACGAGCUGCUGGAUUACUUCGUGACUGCUGGUGACGACCCUGCUGCGUCGAACAUUUUACCUCCAGAACCUCCUUCGGAUUUCGACGUGGAUAGACCGAUUGACAACCUCGGCAAUAAUGCUUUACACUGGGCAUGUGCAAUGGGUGAUGUUCAAGUUGCUCGUGACCUUCUCGCACGAGGCGCCAGCCCUGCAGCCCAAAACGGGAGUGCGGGAGAAACUCCAUUGAUUCGAGCUGUCUUGUUCACGAAUAAUUACGACAAGCGAACAUUCGCAAAGAUAGUGCAGGCAUUAUCAGGGACCAUUGUCGAGCGUGACUGGCAUGGGGCUACUGUUUUCCACCACAUUGCAGAGACAGCACGUAUCCGCGCAAAGUGGAACUGUGCGCGCUAUUACUGCGAGGUCCUGAUCAACAAAAUGCAAGAAAUGGGUUCGAACUAUGUUCAGGCCUUGCUCACCUCGGUCGACGCUCAGCAUGACACAGCAGCACUACGCGCCAUCCGCAAUGGUUGUGUAAAGGUGGCAACAUUUCUUCUGAACCACUGUCCGGAAGCAGGUGAUAUUCCAAACCUGAAAGGUGAAACCGCAAAUGAAUACCUGAGAGCACUACGCGAGAAGAAAGAAAGCCUGCAACAGCCUGGAUCGUCUCCACCACGUACGGGAGAGUCUUUCACUGCUAAGCAAGCACGACGGAAGCGUCAAAAAGAUGCUGUGUCACGUGCAGCUUCCCUGGUCCUCGAUAAGAUCGGACCCCUUAUGGACGAGGGCAGCUUCAGGUUGGCCGAUAUGUACGACUCGCAGAUGACCGAAAAAGACACCGAGAUCACAGAGGCCAAACAAGCAUUGACUGACUUUGAAGGCCAGCGACACAAGAUUCGGCAAGAAACGUUUCUUCUCAUGGCCAAGGUUGAAGAUGCUUCCAAGCUCCCUGCACUUCGGCAGGAGUACGAGGUGUUGCUGAACGACAUGCAGUCACUUCUUGAACAGAAAGAACACAACACGCUUCAGAACGAGAUAUUCCAGCAAGACCAGCAAGCCAACCCGCAAGCAUUCCGCUACACGAACCCUCAGCCGCUUAGUCCAGAUGAGGUGCGAGCGGCAUUGCCGUGGGCUGUCGAGCUGAACCAGCAACAGGCUAUGCGCCAAUAUUGGGUGAAGAAGAUUGCUCAGUUGAUGGGAGAGGCAGGGACAAGUGAGAAAGUGGGCAAACACAGAAAACUGGUGGCAAUAGCGACAGGCAUGAAGGAAGAUGAGCUUGACAAUAUGUCGGAAGAGCUGCUGGAGAGUUUGCAGGCCAAUCAGGGUCAUACGCCGCAAACUCCUCCGCAAAUGGUGUAAAGUGGUGUACGCUCAGAUGUUAUGUUUACGACAUGAACG